CAAAAUGUGAAUCCGACGGCCUUAAUCCUACCGCUGUCAUUUUUUCUUCUUCUUUUGGUUAAAGAUCGUAGUCGGUCGGUGUACGAAGAUAAACGGACUAAUAAUGUAGUGAGGAAGAACACAUUCUUCCAAUUAUAUUAUAAUAUAUUCGUCAUUUUUUAUGCAAUCCAAAGUUUUCGUCUCAUUCACACCCUACCCUCACUCUCACGCACUCCCUUUUGUUUUUUUCCGACGUAAUCUCCGCCAUUUUCAGCGGGAGUCACCAUUCUAUUUUUCACUAUUUGAAUAAAUACACGAGUUUUUUUCGACUGUUUUAGUCAUCAGGUACGAGCAUUUGUUGCUGCUACUGCUUUUUAUAUGAAAGAAUUUGUUUCUGGGGUUUGAAGUUUUGAUUUUUGUAGUUUUAAUGAGGUCUGAGAGUGGGUGAACUGCAUUUGUUGCUUGAGAUUUGGGGAUUGAAGUUUGUGUGAAUUUGUUUUGAGGGGUUUUCGAGUGAUUGAGAUUUGUGGUAACUGUGGCUCUCCUGUGAUCACGGUUUUUGGGGUCUUUGUGCUGUAGGGUUUUCCGAGAACCAAAGUCGAUUUGGUUGUGGGUGUUUGAUUGUGUGAUGUUUUGAGUGACUGAGUGUGAAGCUGUGAGUUCAAUUCCUUCGAGGAGAAAAAGAAGAAUAGUGUAAGUGGAACCUAGUUGAUUUUGAUGGCUCAAACCAAUUUGAAGCAACCCCUGAAUCAAAGUUUUAAUGCUGGGGGUUCUCACUUGAGGUCUUUAUCCCAAUCCACCUUUUUCUCAAAUAAUUGCUUGCCCCCAUUGAGCCCGUUUCCUCCUAGUGACUCUUCAUUUACUCCCUCAAACUUGAAUUUGAGGAAUGAGCUGAUGGAGGAAACAGAUGUUAGCUCGCGAGGGCCUGCAGUUGGCCAGCCUUCUCCGAGGGGAAAUCCGUUUCAUGGUAAUAAUGGUCUCCCCCCUCGUAUAGGGCAUCGCCGUUCUAACAGUGAUGUUCCAUUAGGAUUUUCUGCUAUAAUUCAGUCUUCGCCUCAGUUGGUACCCAUAAGCAGCCAUGGAAUUUUGAGCAUAACGGGGUAUAUGGGAGAAAAUUCAGGAAAUGACAAGCCCAUUGGGCUGAAGAGAAGAGAAAUGGAUACAGUUAGUUACGGAAAGAAUAGAGUUGAGGGAAUAGGUUGCAGAAAGUCAGAUGGAGAGGUUGUGGACGAAUUGUUUGAUUCUGUGAUGGAUUUAGAUCAUUCGGAUGGUUUGAGUUCUUUUGGUGGUGAAGAUAAAGAUAAGGAUACCAUCACUACUGGCACGAAGAUAAGUGGUGGUGACGGCAGCAAUUCUGAGUCAGAAACGGUAUCGAGGCAUUGUACAAGCUCCAAUGAAAGAGUCAAAAGAAGUGCUCCUGGAGAUAUUUCACCCCAAUUUCGGCAUCACAGGAGUCUUUCCAUGGAUAGUGGAUUUGGAAAUUUUCAGUUUGGUGAAUCAUCACCAAAAUUACAGAGUAAUCGGGUGGUUCAACCCGCACCAAGCAAUUCAUGGAAUGAAAAGUCAGCUAUGAUCAACUUGGACUUUGCAGAAGGCGAAUUUAGUGAAUUUGAGCUGAAAAAGAUUAUGGCGGAUGAGAGUCUUGCAGAAAUUGCAGUAUCAGAUCCAAAACGAGCAAAGAGGAUACUAGCAAACAGGCAGUCGGCUGCUCGCUCCAAGGAGCGGAAGCUGCGUUACAUCUCCGAAUUGGAACACAAGGUGCAGACUCUGCAAACAGAGGCCACCACAUUAUCGGCCCAAAUUACUAUUCUGCAGAAAGACCAUGGUGAAUUAACCAAUCAGAACAAUGAGUUGAAAUUCCGCAUUCAAGCUAUGGAGCAACAAGCACAACUCAGAGAUGCUCUACACGAGACGUUGACUGCAGAAGUUCAACGUUUGAAGCUUGCAAAUAUGGAGUUAAAAGAAGAGGGUAGAACAUCAAAUGGGGUGGCACAGCAGCUCCAUAUGAAGCAUCACAUGUUUCCUAUGCAGCGACAGCAGCUUAAUCAAAUACAAAACUUAUCAGUCACAACAUCUCAGGCCGCUUCUACAGCUUCAACUGCUCCUGCCUCGGCAUAGCCAACUCGUUUCCGAGCAUGAAGUGUUGAGGCCAAACUUAACCGAUUAGCUUGUCUACAGUAUCUGGAUCCAGAUGCCUUGGUGCCUGGUGGUUGGUUUUUAUUUGAUUAUAUUUGUUCUGAAUUACAUAGAGAAAUAUUUUAUCACGUUGGAUUUGCUCUAAUGGUACAUAGAUAAAGGUAAUAAACUACGGUUUCAGUUGAUUUGAAUCUGAGUUGUAACGCUCUUUCCUUUAA